AUGAGGGCUCCCACCCUUCUCCAUCUCCUGGUGCUCCUGCUUGGUCUUUCAUACUUUCUUUCUCUAAACGCUGCUGCUGAUGCAAGGGGUAAUGUUUACUCGUUUUACGAUUACCCCCCCCCCCCCUCCCUCCUCUCUCCUCGCCGUUACAUUCUUAUCUCUCCUAGCAAACUAAUCUCUCUCUCUCUCUCUCUCUCUCUCUCUCUCUCUCUCUCUCUCUCUCUCUCUCUCUCUCUCUCGCUCUCUGGUUUUCAGCUCUUGCAGGAAGACUCGCGUCAAGAAACCAGGAACCUCCGGUGGUAGAUAUUGCAGACGAGGUUCUCUCUCUCUCUCUCUCUCUCUCUCUCUCUCUGGAAUCACCAGUCUUGGAUGACUGCGAUCCGUUCCUUUAGGGAGUUUCAUGAAGAGAUCAGAUGCCGAAAACCAUACGGAAUACUUUUAUCAGACUAUAGUUUUAAGAUAAGACUCCGAGGAAGCUGUAUUCCGAUGAUGCUUGCUGCAGGAGAACGAGGAACCUCGGCGGAUGGAAUUGGAGAGGAACGACUACCCGGGGGCCGGAGCCAACACGCGCCACCAACCAAGGAUCCCCAGAGGCGGUUAA